AUCACAGCACAUAUGGAUGCAUGCAGAGCCUAUAGACCCAGCUAGAUACACACUUCCCCUGUUGCUGAGGCUCCUCACGGAGUAUAUCCAGGCAUUUUAACCUGCUAACGGCAAGAAGAAGUGUUCACCACAUAGUUUCAAAGGUCUUCCUACUUGCCACUGUCACCAGGGAAAGCAAAAUGAUCGAAGCCAUAGGGAAUCAGUACAUAGUGGCCAGACCAGUGUAUUCCACAAACACUUUUGGAGAGGAGUUCAAGAAGACGCAGAGACACCACAAGACAUUCCUGGAUCAUCUCAAAGGGUGUUGUAGCUGCUCCUCACAAAGGGCCAAGAAAAUCGCCCUGUCUUUGUUCCCCAUAGCAUCUUGGUUGCCAGCAUACAAGAUAAAGGAAUGGCUUUUGAGUGACAUCGUUUCUGGCAUCAGCACCGGACUGGUGGCUGUACUGCAAGGGUUAGCAUUUGCUCUGCUGGUCAACAUCCCUCCAGCCUACGGGUUGUAUGCGGCGUUUUUCCCAGUCAUAACCUACUUUUUCUUGGGCACUUCAAGACACAUAUCUGUGGGUCCCUUUCCAGUUCUGAGUAUGAUGGUGGGAGUUGUAGUUACAAGAGUGGCCUCAGGAGGCAAUAGUGCUCCAGAAUUGUCCUCAAGCUCGACUGAAAACGAUUCAUUGAUAGAGGAGAGGGUAAUGGUGGCUGCAUCAGUGACUGUUCUUUCUGGAAUCAUUCAGCUGCUCUUGGGGGUUCUGCAGAUAGGCUUUGUGGUGAUAUACCUAUCUGAGUCCCUAAUCAGCGGCUUCACCACUGCUGCUGCCAUUCAUGUCUUGGUUUCUCAACUGAAAUUCAUGCUGCAGCUGACUGUCCCUGCACACAGUGACCCGUUCUCUAUUUUCAAAGUCUUGGAGUCGGUCUUCACACAAAUUGAGAAGACUAACAUCGCAGACCUCGUGACAUCUGUGAUUAUUCUAGUGGUUGUAUUUAUUGUUAAAGAAAUCAACCAGCGCUUCAAAAGCAAGCUUCCUGUGCCUAUCCCCAUCGAACUCAUUAUGACUGUGAUUGCAACAGGCAUAUCAUACGGCUGUAAUUUUGAACAGAGGUUUGGCGUGGCUGUGGUUGGGAACAUGAGUCUAGGAUUUCAGCCCCCUAUUACACCCAGUGUGCAAGUUUUUCAAGACACCAUAGGAGACAGCUUUGGAAUUGCGAUUGUCGGCUUUGCAGUGGCCUUUUCAGUUGCUAGUGUCUAUUCCCUCAAAUAUGAUUAUCCGAUAGAUGGCAAUCAGGAGUUGAUCGCCUUGGGAGUGAGCAACAUAUUCACUGGAGCAUUCAAAGGAUUUGCAGGGAGCACAGCCCUUUCCAGAUCAGGGGUUCAGGAGAGCACAGGAGGCAAGACACAGAUUGCAGGGCUCCUCUCAGCUGUCAUCGUGCUCAUUGUCAUUGUUGCCAUCGGAUUUCUUCUGCAGCCACUACAGAAGUCUGUCCUGGCUGCUUUGGCUCUUGGAAACUUGAAGGGAAUGCUGAUGCAGUUUGCUGAAAUAGGCAGAUUGUGGAAAAAGGACAAAUAUGAUUGUCUAAUUUGGAUCAUGACCUUCAUCUUUGCCAUCGUCCUGGGACUUGGAUUAGGCCUGGCAGCAAGUGUGGCAUUUCAGCUCCUAACUAUUGUGUUCAGGACCCAAUUUCCAAAAUGCAGCACACUGGCUAAUGUUGGAAGGAGCAACAUCUACAAGAAUAAAAAAGAUUAUGCUGACAUGUAUGAGCCAGAAGGAGUGAAAAUUUUCAGAUGUCCAUCUCCAAUCUACUUUGCAAACAUUGGUUUCUUUAAGCAGAAACUUAUUGAUGCUGUUGGUUUUAGUCCACUUCGAAUUCUACGCAAGCGCAAUAAAGCUUUGAAGAAACUCCGAAAACUGCAGAAGCGAGGCCUGAUACAAGUGACACCUAAAGGGUUCAUAUGCACCUCGGACGGCUUUAAAGACUCCGAUGAGGAGCUGGACAACAACCAGAUAGCAGAGCUGGACCAGCCCAUCAACACCACAGACCUGCCCUUCGAGCUAGACUGGAACGCCGAUCUCCCUGUAAACAUCACCGUCCCGAAAGUCAGCCUCCACAGCCUCGUCCUUGACUUCUCAGCCGUGUCCUUCCUCGAUGUCUCCUCAAUGAGGGGUCUCAAGACGAUUUUGCAAGAAUUUAUUAGGAUCAAGGUAGAUGUGUAUAUUGUGGGAACUGAUGAUGAGUUCAUUGACAAACUUGCUCGGUGUGAAUUUUUUGAUGAUGAAGUCACAGACUCAAUAUUUUUCUUAACAAUCCAUGAUGCUGUUUUACAUAUUUUGAUGAAGAAGGACUACAGCACUUCGAAGUUUAAUUCCAGCCAGGAAAAAGAAAUGAAAUUUGACUUUACCAUAAAUACAAAUGGAGGAUUACGUAAUCGAGAAAGUCAGGUACCAAUGGAAACGAAAUUCUAAUCAAGAUAUAAUUCAGGAGGGUUCUCAUCUGUCAUAUCAACAACUUUAUACCUAGAAAGUUAUUGCCAGUUCAUACAUUGUAUGAAUGAUAUUUUUAUUUGACAGAGUUAUGUUUCAAACUUUGGAACGAGAUUGUUCUACAUGGUAUAUUUUUCACAUAUCUAGUAUGAAAUUAUGUACAUAUUCCUAACUUUCUGCCUUGUAGACGUAUCAAAGGUGGAAAAGUAUUUUGUUUAUAUGUAUUUUUGUAGCACUGACAGAUUCCUAUCCAAGUCAUUAUCUUCAUGCACAAUGUUUUGUGGUGUAUUUACAGCACCACUUUGACUCUAAUUUAUACGGGGCAUGCGAAUACAUCUCUGUUUUAACAAUUAGCUGUGCAGGUGUGUGCUGUUCUACUACAUUUGUUGGUUUUCUGAACCAUGAUUGUUGUGGCUCCCUUCUUGAGUGCUGUGGCAACGCUGCUAUGAGAAUCUUUUAACAGAACUUUGUAAUAGGACCUUUUGACCAGAUUUUUAGUAUUACCACUCCACUUUUUAAGGCUUCUAAGCUAUCUAGAUACAGACACUCCUCCCAAUGUGAUAUCUGAAAGUAAUACGUAAGUGACUUUAGAGGCAUUCCUUACUUCCCUCCCUUCUAUGAAAACCACAUAAGAUAACGGGGCUAUAAAAUGACAAAGCAGGACGGUAAGAGGAAAGAUGUGAACAGAUAAUCAUUACUUCCUGGUCUCACUGGGAGAGAAGCCAAUCGGAAAAGGCAUGUUUUGUUGGUAACUCACAGUGCAGGAGGUGUUGUUGACUUUUUGCUGGAGAGUGAGAUCCAGCACCCUUGAGUUGCUCACUGGCCUUGUUCCUGUGGCAAACGUGCACAUACUCAUGUGACACUUGGAAAUUAAAACAGCGGCAGCAGCGGCACACAACUCAGUAUCCUCAAGUAAGCACCAGGUUACUCUGAAAGGGAAAGCCAAUCCCACUGUCUAGACUAGCCUCUGCACACUUGCUGUCAAAAUACACCUCAAGGUGCACAAAGAGCUUUUCCUUCAUAGGGGCCAAAGAGUCAAACCCAUAUUGCAGUUGUUAUCUGAGGCAAUGGCACUCCCUACAAUCUUGCCAAGGAAAUCUUAGAGAGCGGGCACAACUUCCUAGUGCCCUUAUCACAACACAGCUAACCCUAACAUCUCAACAGGCUGAGUUCAUUCUCAAUUGCUCUAAGGCAGUGGUGUUUUGAGGAAUGGGAAUUUGUGGACCUCUACCUUAACUUGUCUGCUUCAUAGCCAAAACUGAAGCUAGUACAGAAAUCCAACCCCUGAUCAGAGAGAGGAUAAAGUACUGUGUUGGUAGAGAUAAAAAUAAAACUUUGAGAAAUCAGAGCAACAUUGAAAAGGAAACUAAAGAGCUGGCGGCAGAAGCAUUGUUCAAAUUGAGGAAUCAGCUGAAGCCAAUACCUGCCACAAUUACCUCGUAAUUUAGCUCUGAUAAGUGUUGCUGCCCGACAGAGUUGCACCUUUUGAUCUGGAGCCUGACUCUACAGUGCCUGAACAGAGAAAGGGAGAAGUCCUUUUUUUUUUUUUAAAGCAUCUCCAUGGAUCCCAUUUUUCAUCUUUUUUCCUCUGUGAAUGAUGACUCUAUUCUUCAAGCUCCAAAGGAAAAACAAAACAAAAUCUGAGGAAACCCUGACCAGAACGUACACAACACACUCCAAAUAGCCCUCAUAUAGUGAAGAUUCUUGGGGCCGGCCGGGGUGGAGCUCGGUCUGCUGUUUACUUCCGGGUUUGAGAUGCGCUCCUGAAUCCUAGGCUAGCCUGGAAGAUGCUGCUGAGGUUUCCUGGUUCUCUUCAACCUCCCAAGCCCGGGACUACAGGAGUACACCACAUUCCCCUCCACCAGGUCUGCUUCGCAUUUUAGGAAAGCCAACCAAACCAAGAUUCAAAGAGGACAGGCGAUACGGCUACAGAAAUUGUCAGGCUAUUCUUUGUAGUCUACACUGAACAGCUUCUAGUUUAGGUUCUAGGAAACAAACUCCCAAAAGAAGUUACAAUGUCUAAAAACUGAUUACAGGUAGGACUUAACUCAGAAAUAGUAUAGGUACAUGCUGGUUCUUCUGAAGUUAAUCUAACAUUGUACAAUUAAACAACCUACAAGGCUGUUA